AUGACGUCCCGCGUUAUCCAAGAAGUAAGCACACUAUGGAUUGAAAGGGCCGUGAUUCAAGACGAGUAUGAUUUCAUCAUUGCUGGAGGUGGGACAGCAGGUCUCGUGGUGGCAAAUCGACUUACUGAGUCGGGGAAAUUUCGAGUCCUUGUUCUCGAAGCUGGACCUGAUCCAAAUGUCGUUGCAGCAUACAAGCCAUUGGGUGGAAAUACGUUGAUAACAGGUUCACCCAUUGAUUGGAGAUUCGACACAGCACCCCAGCAGGGUCUCGAUGGAAGAAUCCUUACCUAUCAUCGCGGGAAAGGAUUGGGCGGGAGUAGUAUGAUCAAUGGAUUCUAUUAUGGGCGCGGUACAUCUACUGUCUACGAUCUGUGGGAGAAGAGAGGAAAUCCGGGCUGGUCAUGGGACGAUGUCUACCCUCUCUUCAUCAAGGGUACCCAUUUCAACCCUCAGAAUGAAUCCAAGGGAUUUGACAGUACUUACAAGACCUACAACAGCACCGCGUAUGGGAACGGACCUCUUGAAAUCGCAUACCAGGGCUAUGUUCCAGAAACAAGCAUCGCCUUUAUGAACGCCUGCGAAGCUGCCAAUAUUCCCAUAGUUGAAGAUUACAACACUGGAAAUAGUACAGGCGUUAAACAGGGCACAGCCACACUUGACAAGCACCUUUUGCGCAGCUCCAGUUACGACGGGUAUCUGAAACAAGCACUUAGUAGAAAGAACCUUGAUGUUUUGUACUAUGCGCCAGUCCAGCAACUUCUAUCGAAUACCGAUGGCGACAGACCAAAAGUUACAGGAGUCCGCUUUAUGGAUUAUCCUACCGGAAGAACACAUCAGGUACACGCCUCCAAAGAGGUUGUUGUCUCUAUGGGUGCUUUCCAGUCACCGCAACUUCUUAUGGUUUCGGGGUUCGGUCCUUCGUCUGAGCUUGAAAAGUUUGCCAUUGAGCCCGUUCUUGUCAACGAGAACAUUGGUCGAAACUUGAACGAUCAUAGUGUCUUUAGCAUAAUGGCGAGGGUAGAGGAUGAUCUCCAAUUCUCGUCAUCCCAAUUAUCAUCAGACUUUACUUUGCUAGAGGCAGCUCAAGAGGAAUUUUACAGCAAUGGCACCGGUCCAUACACGGCCCCCAGUGGAAUCACUAAUGGAUUUCAAAGACUCUCCGAGGAAGAGCUGUUCGAGAUUGGAGCAGGUCCCGUGGUAGAAGCUGGCCUCGGAGACCAAUCGCAUAUUGAGUAUCUCUUUGAAUCAACAUGGUAUCCAUCUGGACCAACACCUUACUACAAGCAACUCCCUAAUGAGUCUUACAUCUCAUUGACGGCAAGCAGUAUGGUUGCGUUAUCGCGAGGUAACAUCUCGCUGAAGGGUACCUCAAUGAUGAUGGCUCCUGAGAUCAACCCAAAUUAUUACACCCAUGACGCAGACCGAGCAAUUGCCAUCCGAAGCUUCCACUAUCUUCGCAAGAUUUUAGCCCAUCCUGCCCUCUCACGGUAUACCUAUGGCGAAAAUAAUGGCGAAGUGAGCCCUGGUGCGGCUGUCGAUGAUGAUGAUGAAGACGCCAUCUUCGAUUAUGUCAAGGCAAACACUAUUCCAAACUGGCAUGCUUCUGGUACAAAUCAGAUGCUUCCUGAAGCCGAUGGCGGUGUCGUGGAUCCGCGUCUCAGAGUUUACGGUGUCGAGGGUCUUCGUAUCAUUGAUUGCAGUAUUAUACCUGUAUUGCCUGAUGUUAACAUUGUUGGACCAGUUUUUAUGAUUGGUGAAAAGGGAGCUGAAUUGAUUCGUGAGGAUUGGCAUGAUUCAGGAAUAUAG